AUGGACUCGACUGCUUCGGUUUCUUCCCCUUCACCGGAUAAGGCUGCGAUGACCAACCCAUGGGGAUUCGACCUUACAUCAAACGACGAAUCAUCCCGGCCAAACGAUUCCUUCGGACGCCCUCUUAGUCGCAACCAGCCAGCACCCGGUAUAGAUUUGGCUGGGAUGACUGGAUUCAACCCUUCAAGUCUUGGCGCGUUUCCCAGUCCCCCCAUUCCAUUCCACGACCCCACCAUUCUGCCGGGCAGCCUCCCUGGAUUUCCACCAUCACAUCCGCUGGCGAUGGCCGACCCAACUCAAGUAUUACAGCAAAUAGCCGCACAACGAGCCGCGGCGGCCCUGAUGCAAACAAAUCUCACAUCCCCAUGGGCCAACCUACAGGCCAACAUGAUGUCGAAUCAAGCGAAAGCCAAACCAGGCCGUCUUAAAGUUCAGACUGGGUCGUCGCCUGUGGGUUCUUCACACAACAGCCGAGUUAACACCCCAAGUCUUCCUUCCAGCCCGCUUCGUCUCAAUCAUCACCGUGAAGUCGAACAAGCUACAUCAACCUCUGGCGGAUCCUCUAGCACGGCCCCCUUCGAUUAUUCGAGUGCCAGAACAAAGCGCAAGACUGGUCUCGAUAAAUCUAGCCUCGGUCUGCUCGAAUCUAAGCCUCUACCCGAACCAGUCUAUCACCCCGAUUCGGCUGCAGGACAGUCGAUAGUUCAAGAAGCUGCCCUCGAAAAUCUUGGCUUUGGGAUGGGGCUAGGAGGGAUCGGUGGAGCGAUCAUGACACCGUACGGUCCACUAUCUUACGAGAUGGCUGCGCGCGCGGGACUCACUCCUGGGUUCCCCGCUUGGUCCGCCGCACAGUUUCAGGCCGGAUACCCCAGUUUACCCAGGGCGGCGCCAGUACCACACAUUCGACCGAACCUGCCUCCAUCACUGUGGAUGUCGCCAACAACCGUACCCAUUCCCAAGACGGAUACCCAGCCGGAAAUUGGAACACAUGGGGUUGUGCACCAAAGCUCAAUAGAACAACAGGUACUUCACCCGGUACCCCUACCACCUCCACUACCACAUCUGCCGCUCUCUCCUCUUUUACUACUGGCCCGGUAUCUUUCUAAAGGCAAGACGACUUUCAAAGAUAGUCCUGAUGGUCGUCAUUCUCCUUCGAUACUAUCAGACAUUCUGGCCGAUGAUUUCUUCUCCAAUCGCCCGGCUCCCGCUGGUGGCAACCAAUCGGCCAACUCGACGGCGCGCCGGCCGACAGUCACGUUUGCAGCCUCACCAGUGGGUAGCCCGGGCGCAUUCAGUGGGGAUUCCCCAACUCCGAGCGGCGCUGGGUGUACAGGAGUUGACAAUGAGUCCGGCCGCGGGGAACAUCCACUGGCAGCUCAGGUCUGGAAGAUGUACGCUAAAACGAGAGCCACUCUUCCGCACCAACAGCGUAUGGAGAAUCUCACCUGGAGAAUGAUGGCCAUGGCUCUCAAAAAGAAACCUGCGUCUGACGCGAGGGAAGGAGACGAUGUACAGUCUGAGGUGACCAAGGUUGAUGAGCCCGGGGCGAAAGACCUAGGUCAGACCAAAGCAGAUGGCGAGCAGGAUAAGGAUAAGGAUAAGGGUAUUGAUAAGGAGCAAUCCAAGGAAGUUAAACAGGAGGAGCAUCAGCGCGGACGAAGGCCGGACAAGGGCAAGGCACGCGUGGUCGUUCAGGGCUUCGCGGCCGAGGAAGGCAGUAAUGGCGUUCUACCCGAACCCGAUGACGCCAUGGAUUGGCGAGCAGUUUCGCGUUCACGAUCUCGUAUCUCCAUGGACUGGCGAGCUGGUAGUCGUUCACGCUCUCGCCCCCCUUGGGAUGCUCCCCGACCACGUGGCGAGUGGGAUGCCAGUGAAGCCCAUUCACACGCGCUCCUCGCUCAAGGCAAAGCUCAAGACGCUCAGUUUAUUGGUCAGCGCAACGAACCUGAGCCUAUUCCAGAAGAGGGCAAGCCUCCCUAA